UAAAUUAGUCUGUGUUAGGUGGUCACACUGUUGGGACUCCAAAGCAAUGGCCUAAUGAUUUUUGAACUCCCUUAUGUUCUCUGUGUAAAAUCUUAUCAGUGACCAUUCUGAUUCCAUCAUCGAGAUACAAAUAUUUUUUUUUCUGUGUCCAUACCAUAGAUCCUAUACUGAGUAUAAGUCCGUACUGACAGUUAUCAUUUUUUAGUGACUUGUGAUAACGGUUUUUUGUUUUACGGUGUUUCUCUCUUUACCCAUGUACAAUAAAUUUAUCUUCGUCUACUACUUUUGCUUAUAAUCACUACUAUUACAAAAUGUUCAACAUAAAAUCAUAAAAUUAAAUCUAUUCGAGUUUCUAAUACUCAUGUCCGGCGUCCCCAUCGGUGCUGUAUAUUGGUCCGCGUGAACUAUGAUCGACAAAGCGCUAAAUUUGAAACAAUUUAUGUUACGCCAAAAAUCAUUAAAAUUGUAUAAAGAAUUUUUGAAAACAAUAAAGAAGAUACCAUUAGAAAGUGAUAGACAUCAAUUUUUCAAAUGGGUGAAGGAUGAUUUCAAAAAAAACAAAUUUGAAACUGAUGAGUAUUGCAUAAAAACUUUACAAAAGUACGGCGAAAAGUCAUUGAUCGAUUUAAAACUUAAUUUGGCUCUUAGUAGCAUUAAAGUAUAGUAUAAAUAAGGUAAUAUUUCAAAAUGACUUUAAACUUUGAUACAGAAAAUCUUGAUGAAAUUAAUAAUUCUAUACUAAAUGGAUGCGUACCAGAAGUUUCAAUAAAUGAAAAUCAUUUAGCUGAGCGUGAUGAAGCAUUAUUAGCUCAUUUGGAAACUGCCAAACUUGUUUUAAAUAAAUUAUACAAUUUGUUAAGUAAACUUUUAAGCCAUGAUGCUGAUCAACAAAUUAGGCCUGAAGAUAUAUUGAACUCAUGCUUAUAUUUAUGCGGAGAACACUGUAAAUCAAAUUUACCAUGGAGCGAUAUUGAAAGUUAUUCAUUGAUGAAUUUGUGUAUAGAAAAAAUAUGUAGUCUUAUGAAUUGCCAUAGUAUUAACGAAUUAUUCACAAAAAUAGAUGUUUCAAGUAUUUUUGUUGGUCUGCAAUAUAAGUUGAAAAAUGAUAAUUGGAAAAAAUAUCCAGCUGCUGUUGAAUGCUAUAUGUGGGUGUUGAAAUAUUUAAAAAUGCCACAGUUAAAUUCUUUUUUAUACUUGGUUAUGCCAUUACCAUUGAAUAUGUUUGACGAUUAUUGUGAUUCAAGUAAGAUUACUGCUUUAGAUGCAUUUCUCCACAUCAUAGAUAAUACACCUGCUGUUGAAUUAACCAUGAGUGGAUAUGAUAUUGUGUUGCUCAAAUCAUUUGAAUCUGGUUUAGCUUCGUUAGAAUACCAAUUAGUCCCUUAUAUACUUAAGUGUUUUUUAAUGCUGAUAUCAAAGACUCAAAUGAAACAUCUAAGUAAAAAAAAUAUCAUAGAAUGGACAAAAUUUGAUGAUGUUAUGAAUAUUUUAUUGCCAAGAAUGGAACUAGAAUAUAAAAACGAAUCAGUUGAAUGUUAUGCAUCUAUUUUACCACUAAUUUUGGAUUUUAUUGGAUUUUCUUGUAUUCGAUGGACUGAACGUUUGAUACCAUUAUUUGUCAAGUACAUCAUGCACAUUAACUCCACAUUCUCAACCGUUAAGGCAAUUGAAGCGUUCAUCAAGCAAACAUGGCCUAGGAAGAAUUUGGACUGGAAUGUGUUGCUGACUAUUUUAGUAAAAGCUUUAUAUAAUGAAGAUAAAAUUAAUCAGCAGCCUAACAUGGAAAAUGUCUUAGCAAUUAUAGAAUGUAUUAGAAUACUGGAAGCAGCUAGACCAGAAUGUGUUCGAAAUGUUUUGAAUAAACUAAAAGAAUGUAAAGAAUUUCAAUCAAAAAAAAUGUUUAUAGAAUUUUUAAAAACAUUAUAAUAUUUGCAAAUGUAGAGAAUAGUAUUGUUGGUUGGAUUUAUUCUUUAUUUUUACUCAAUUCAUAAUUGUUAAAGAAAUAAAUCUGUUUUAAUACCUAUA